AGAACAGAUGCAGGCCUGUGGAAGACUGGACAAUGACUAGGUGUUUCUCAAUCCUAAGGAAGUCAGGGUGCUUUGUUUGUGUAAACGCCAGUGAAGGUGAAGUUCAGUUCAGGAUGGAGAUCUUCCUCAUCUUCACCCUCUAUCUGAUCUCAGGUCAAGUGGACUGUGUUGAUGUGAUUGGUUACGCAGGAGGAAGCGUCCUCAUCAACUGCCAGUUCGAUCCCUUGAGAUACACCAAUCACACAAAGUAUCUUUGCAAGAUAAACAGAGGAACACAAUGCACUGAAAAGAUUCUUCCAAAGACACAGAACACAAGAGAUCAAGAAGGAAGAUUCUUCUUAAUGGAUGGAAAUGGGCCUGGGCUGUACAGCGUGCUCAUUAAAAACAUAAGUCAGCAGGACGAUGGAACAUACAGGUGUGGGGUGGAAGAGAAAAGAGAUGUGACAAUGAAAGUGAAAGAAGAUCCUUGUUGUGGAAAGACACUCACACAGAAAACUCAUGCAGGAGAGACUGUUACCUUUACCUGUCAGUAUCCACAGGAGUCAAAAUAUCUCUCCAAGCACUUGUGCAAAGUGACCAAUCACAAAAUCCAUGUGGUCAUAUCAGCUCUUGGACAAUCCAGACAGAAAGAGAGGUUUUCUCUUUUUGACCAUCCACAAGAAAACCUCUUCAAUGUGAGCAUCAGUGAUGUGACUGAGGAGGAUGGAGGAGUUUACCUGUGUGGAGUUCAUGGACAAAAGAAAGGAGAUCAGAACACAUACAAUUUAAAUGAAAUACAACUUGAAGUUACAGGAAUUUCUACAUCAUCCUCUGUCAUCAUCAUUGUGUGUGUCUGUGCAGCUUUGCUGCUGAUUGGAGGAUUAUUACUGAUCUACAGACUAAGAUUCAACAAGGCAGGAGGCUCUCCAAACAUGCUAAUGGGUAGAAACAAUACAGCUGAAGGUGAUUAUGAAAAUGAUCGACCUGGAAUCCAGAACAUCAACGGCAUGGGUUCAACCUAUCAGUACCAAAACCCCAACACCAACCAAUCAGAUUCUGCCUACCAGAGUCUAAACCCCAGCACCAACCAAUCAGAUUCUGCCUACGAGUGUCUAAACCCCAACACCAACCAAUCAGAUUCAGCCUACCAGAACCUAAACCCCAACACCAACCAAUCAGAUUCAGCCUACCAGAGUCUAAGGCCAAACGCCACCCAAUCCAAUUCAGUCUACCACAGCCUAAACCCUAACAGCAUCCAAUCAGAUUCAGUCCACCAGAAUCUAAACCCAACAGUAACCAAUCUGAUUCAGCCUGCUAGAGUCUAAACCUCAACACCAACCAAUCAGAUUCAGCCUUGCAGAGUCUAAACCUCAACACCAACCAAUCAGAUACAGCUUACCAGAGCUUACACCCCAACAGCAAUCAGAUUCAGCCUACCAGAGUCUAAACCCAACAGCAAUCAGAUUCAGUUUACCAGAGUCUAAGCAUCAAUGCCAAGCAAUCAAACUGUGUUUACUACAGACUGAACACCAAAGUUCAGUAAAUGUAAACCUGCACCAUAAAACAAGUCAGAUUCAGUCAAUUAGAGGCUUAUUCCCAGUCCCGAUAAGUUAAAUUCGCUACUACUCUAUUAAAUGUCUGCCUCUAGAAUCAAAUGGUCAAAUUUAGCUGAUGUCAAAUGUCCAUGACUAGUUUGUUAAGCCUUCAAU